UUUACACCGAAGGACAUACAGGUAGAUUUUUGGUUAUACACCAAGAAUGGUAAUUCUAAAGAAACCAUUACAACAUCUAGUUUGGCUAGUAAAUUCGUCAAUGGUGCUAAAACUAUUUUUUUGAUCCAUGGCUUUAAUGACCAGGGAAACUCGAGUUGGUUUCAAAGUAUGAAAGACCAGCUUUUGGAAUUGGUACGGUCUUUGAAUGUGGUAAUAGUUAACUGGAAGGAUGGUGCAUCUGAAGCUUAUGGUCAAUCUGCCCAAAACACAAGAACUGUGGGAAAGAAAACUGGAGAUAUUAUCAAAGCCAUCCAUGAGAAUAAAGGAGUUGCUUAUAGCAAUUUUCAUAUCAUUGGUCAUAGUCUGGGAGCUCAUUCAGCAGGAUUUUCUGGUCAAAGAGUUACAGAGUUAACUGGUGAUAAAAUUGGAAGAAUAUCGGGAUUGGAUCCUGCAGGGUAUAAAUUUGCUAGUAAAGAUGCUGAUGAACGACUAUCAAUUGGUGAUGCUGAUUUUGUGGAUGCAAUGCAUACUGACGACGGAGUAUUACUUUCCUUAUCUUUCGGAUAUAAAAAAGGUGAAACUGUCGGCCAUGUUGAUUUUUAUCCUAAUGGCGGACAAUAUCAACCCGGAUGCUGUAAGUUUGAUUUUUCAACCCCCUUGUUGCUCAAAAUUAAUGAGUGUUCUAUACAAGCUUUGCCAACCAUAAACGAAUUGGAUAUCUAUUGA